CCACCUUCACACUUGUUUAGUGUAUUUGUGAAUUGUGUAUACUUUCAAUCCGAAAAAAUUAAAUCAACAAAAUUGAAUUUUUUUCAUUUGUUAAACAAAUUAAACAAGUUAUUAAAAAAAAAAUAAAUCAAUUUACAAAAACUUGUAUAAUUCACAAAUAGUUUCAAAAUAACAAUACAAAAGUGAGCAAAAAAAAAAAAAAUUAAUAAUAAUAAUUAAAUAUAUAUAUUUGGUGAAAUUUUUUUUCUUUUUUCUUCUUUCGCCAUUCAAUUGUCGAUCUUCCUGACGCAUUCACUCACACAGACAUACAACACAUUAACACUUUUAUACACGCAUACAAUAAAAUUAACGACUUGGAGAUUUCUAGAAGUGAGAACGACAAAAAAAAGAAAAUUCAUCGUGUCUUAAAUAAAUAAUUAAAAAGUGAACUUGGUGUCGUGAAUAUAAAUAAUUCUGUAAUUAUUAUUAAAUAAUGGCGGCGUUGCCAAGGAGGAUUAUCAAAGAGACCCAGAGAUUAAUGCAAGAGCCAGUACCUGGUAUAAGUGCUAUUCCAGAUGAAAAAAAUGCUAGAUAUUUUCAUGUUAUUGUAACUGGUCCAGAAGAUUCACCAUUUGAAGGUGGUUUAUUUAAACUUGAAUUGUUUUUACCAGAAGAUUAUCCAAUGUCAGCACCAAAAGUUAGAUUUAUAACAAAAAUCUAUCAUCCAAAUAUUGAUAGAUUAGGAAGAAUCUGUUUGGAUAUACUCAAGGAUAAAUGGAGUCCAGCACUUCAAAUAAGAACAGUAUUGUUAUCAAUACAGGCAUUAUUAAGUGCACCAAAUCCAGAUGAUCCAUUGGCAAAUGAUGUUGCUGAAUUAUGGAAAAUCAAUGAGGGUGAAGCAAUUAGAAAUGCCAAAGAAUGGACACGUAGAUAUGCAAUGGAUGUUUGAUCUCAGUAUUUCUGGUAUCAUUUAAACAGAUAUAAUGUUUUUAAUAAAUCAUUAAAAUAUAAUAUGCAAAUAAUAAAACAACAAUUAUCCUCUUGGCACCAUAAUUAUGUGUCUAUAAUUUUGAUAUGCAAAAAAAAAUUUAUUGCAAAUAAAAAAUAAUAAAAACAAAAAAAAAAGGAAACGAUGAUAAAUUAAAGAAAAAAUUAAAUAUAGUAACUUUUUUUUUUUUUUUUUUAAUUUAAGAUGAUUUAUAAGAAAAAACAAGAUUAAAAUUAAAAUAAUAUUUGGGUUUGUAUUUUGUACAUGUUACUGGGAUAAAUAUUUCACACAAAUAUAAAAAAAAAAAUUUAUUAUUUUUCUUUUUAAAUCAAAAUAUAAAUUGAAAUUAAAGGAAAAAAAAUAUAUAAAUUAAUGGUUCUGAUAAAUAAUGCCCGUUGGAAAUUAAUUUCUAAUGUAAAAAAAAAAAUCCGAAAAUAUUAACAAAUUUAAAUACUGAUAAUUAAGUUACAUUCAUUUUUUUUUUUUUAAUAUAUAUUUAUACAUUUUCUUUAAUAAAAGAAUUGUUUUUUUUUUUUGUUUAAAAAUUUUUUAUAUUUAUGGCAAAAAAGUGCUUCUAUAUAAUUUUUUCAAUAUAUAAUUUAGAGAUGAUUAUAGAAGUCGAGCAUAAAUAAAUAAUUGAAAAUAAAAAAAUAAAAAUUGAUCGUGGAUAAUUAUUGUCAUGUGAUGAUUAUAAUAAAUAUAUUUUUUUUCGUUAAAUAAAUUUCAAUAAAAUUAAAAAUUAAUUACAAAUGAAUAAUGAUGGAUGUUUGUUCUAACAAAAAAAAAAAAAAAUAGAACGAAAUAAUUAUUUAAAUAAAUAUAAUAACAGUUGGGUGUUUUUUUAUCAUGACUGGUUGCACUUGUGGUGUACAGUAUUAAGAAAAAUAUAAAAAUAAUACUUAUCAAUCAAUAUAUCAAAAAAAAAAAUAUAACUAAACAAAAAAAAUCAAUAGAAUCAUUAAUAGUAUAUCCAUUAAUUCUUUUCUUAUUUUUUUCUUACCAAUUAUUUCUUGCAUUGUACAUAGGUAACAUUAUUACUAAUCCAGCUGCUUUUUUUUUUUUUUAAUUUAUAAUACAGAUUAUUAUUUUUUCUUGGUAAUUAAUGCCAUGAAAAAUGUACACCACCUUCAGAAUAAUUUAACUAUGUUUAUUUAAAUUCCAAGAAACACCUGAUGCUGUAAUUUAUAAAAUAGAAUAAAAAAUAAUAGUAUAAAUUUAAA